AUGCAUUCUCGACUCUUCGUCUUCAUCUUGGUCGCCUCUGUAAAAGGUAACCGUGAUCAUGACAUAUCUCACAAUUAACCUUCUUUCCAGCGGAUCUAGAGCAAACCUUGAAAGAACUGAAUGGUUUCCUUUCCCCGGCCGGACUGGAUUCCGGAGUCAUGGCUGAAUUGGGGAAAACGAUCGCGGAAAAUGAAUGGGAAGAGCACAAGCAAACCUUUGCCGACAAACUCCCCAAUUCCAACUUGAUUGCUAAGUACGCCUGGCAAUUGCAAACGGUCCUACAGUACGCCGGAGUUCAAUUGUGCGAUCCCUGUUUGCAGUAUCUUCCAACGGUUCAGGAGUUUUUGAGAAACGGCGGAUUGGCCUCUUAUGCUGUAAAUUUAAAACUGAAGAUACUGUUUUAUUUACCGACUUUCAGGUUGAAAUUGCACUUUGCAACACCUUCUACUGGUAUGACAGCUCGCUGAUCCCUGUCUGCGAUGUUGGUCUGGCUGGAUUGAACCUGUAUAUUCAAAAUGCCCAGCCUCAGGAAAUCUGUGGUGCAAUCCCCUCUUGCUCAGCUAAAACAACCAAAAAAAGAAGCGCUGACAGAUUCGCCGAAGGGACGGGAAGAUUCUUCCGAUCAAACUUUCGAUUCCCUGCCUUGUUCUAA